CGGAAGUGUUAUUUUGUUUUCACUGUUUUGGCGCCGUGUCUGGGAUGUUUUAGCGCUGAAUUCCCGCGUUGCCGUUUGUCAUAAUGCAGGCAUUUUUGAAAGGGGGGACGUCUAUCAGCACCAAGCCUGUUAAAGAUAAAGCAUCUGUAUCAGGAACAGGCAGUGCAGCGGACAGCAAGAAGCAGAAACUCAUCCCAUGGGUUGAGAAAUACCGUCCCAAAUGUGUGGAUGAAGUAGCUUUUCAAGAAGAAGUGGUUGCAGUGUUGAAAAAGUCAUUGCAAGGAGCAGAUCUCCCUAACCUACUUUUCUAUGGACCACCAGGAACAGGCAAAACAUCUACAAUUUUGGCAGCGUCUAGAGAGCUCUUUGGGCCUGAGCUGUUUCGUCAGCGGGUUUUGGAAUUAAAUGCUUCUGAUGAAAGAGGUAUACAAGUCGUACGAGAGAAAGUAAAAAACUUUGCUCAACUGACAGUUGGAGGAACCCGUACUGACGGUAAGCCAUGCCCUCCUUUUAAAAUUAUAAUCUUGGAUGAAGCUGACUCCAUGACCUCUGCUGCACAGGCUGCCUUGAGACGCACUAUGGAAAAAGAGUCCAAAACAACUCGGUUCUGUCUUAUUUGUAACUAUGUUAGCAGAAUAAUUGAACCUUUGACAUCUCGAUGUUCUAAGUUCCGUUUUAAACCACUUGCUGACAAGAUUCAGACCCAAAGGAUACUAGAAAUCUGUGAAAAAGAAAAUGUUAAAAUUACUAAAGAGGCAAUGAAUUGCUUAAUAGAAGUAUCAGAAGGAGACUUGAGGAAAGCCAUCACAUUCCUACAGAGUGCAUCUAGGCUGACAGCAGGGAAAGAAAUAACAGAAGAAGAACUGGUAGAAAUAGCUGGGGUGGUUUCCAAAGAAACACUUGAUGUUGUCCUAGCAGCAUGUCAAAGUGGUUCAUUUGAAAAACUGGAGACUGUGGUCAAGAACUUAAUCAAUAACGGACAUGCAGCAACACAGCUUGUAAACCAGCUUCAUGACAUAAUAAUUGAGCGAGAGGAUCUGUCUGAUAAGCAGAAAGCUGUUAUUGCAGAAAAGCUUGCAGAAGUUGACAAAUGUUUGGCAGAUGGUGCAGAUGAAUACCUUCAGAUGCUCAGUCUCUUUGCAGUUGUUAUGCAACAGAUGACACAAAACAGCUAAUUUUUGUAGUUUUAUUUAGAAAUGUUUUGCUAAAAAAAAAAAAUUUUCUAUUUAAACUGUU